UAGCUUCUCCACUUUCUCCUUUAAAUCCAAGUCUCUCACUCUCUUGGUUUCUGCAGCUUCACUACUCUACUUUCUUCUCUUUCUGCACACACCAUUUAGAGAAUCUUCAAAAUUCUGGAUACUAAUUCCAUGUGUACAGCUUCUUACUUGAAACAAAUUGAAACUUCCAAAUCCCCUUCGCUUCUACUCUUUCUGGGAUUUAAGUGGGAGGACUUUGCUCCUUGAUAACCAAUCAUAUAUAGCCAAUGUGGUGAAGGUGUGCUGAUGCAGGCAAUGCAUGUUCUUCUGCCGGACGCGAAGUAGUACUUAAGCUCUGCAUCUUAUAUUGCUCACAGUUCCAAUUGAGACAUAUAAAUUGAUACAUAGAAUUGAAGAAAUGGAUUCUAGUAAGAGCUGGGAGCACAAGUCACUGCUAACUGAGAUCAUUGAAGGGAUGGAGCUAGCAAAACAGUUGAGGCUAAGUCUAAGUGCAGCAUCUUCAUCAGACACCAGACAAUUUUUAGUGCAGAGGAUAUUGUCCUCCUAUGAGAAAGCCCUUUUGAUACUGAACUUCAGUGGGCCGGCUCAAAGUACUGCAGGUGCAAUAGCCGGUGUGCCAGAGUCUCUCGUGUCAGCCAACGCAGGUCCUUGUUUUGAUGACUAUAACAAGAGUCCCAAGGAUCAUCAGGAACUCACAGAUGUCUCCAAGAAGAGAAAGAUCAUGGCCAAAUGGACAGACCAUGUAAUGAGAGUUAGCUUUGAGAAUGGGAUUGAAGGACCUCAUGAAGAUGGCCAUAGCUGGAGAAAAUAUGGACAGAAAGACAUCCUAGGAGCCAAACAUCCAAGAAGCUAUUACAGAUGCACCUACCGAAACACGCAAAGCUGUUAUGCUACAAAGCAAGUGCAAAGAUCAGAUGAAGACCCCACGAUAUUCGAAAUCACAUACAAAGGAAAGCAUACAUGUUCUCACGGUAGCAAUUCAGUUCUACCACCACUAUCACCAGAACAGCAAGAACAAAAACGAACCAAUCAAAAUAAUACUUCUCACCAACAGCAGUCUCAAGGAAACCAAAUGAGCUUUCCGACUAAUCUGAGAGUCGAUACCAAGUUCUUGGAAGACAGAGAGAACAUGGCAUCUCCAUUCUCUUUCACUUCAACUUCAUUUGGAUGUAUGAUGGCUGAUGAUGCCUUUCUAUCUUCAAUGCUUGAUGAUAACAACACUUUCUUUGACAACUUCAAUCAUUCAUUGCUAUCUCCAGCCGCAGUAGAAUCAAACUACUAUUUGAUGCCACCAAGCCAGAUGAGAAACAUUGCAGGAAACGAGCAACUUUCAGAAUGUGAUCUUACUGAGAUCAUCUCAGCCAACAAUUCGUCAACCAAUUCUCCAAUUCCAGACAUGGAUUUUCCACUGGAGCCAGUGGAAAUUGAGCCCAAUUUCCCAUUUGACACCACAGGAAUUUUCUCAUAAUUCUACUUUAGUUUGAGAAUAAGAAUAAGUAGCAUCCAGGUUGCUACUAGCUUGUUUCACACCUUGAAUCAACCAUGUAUUAUAAGAGAGGAGGAAUGCUAGUAAAAGAUGAGAGCUUUUUUCUGAUGUUUGCCGAUGGAUAGAAUUGAUUAUAUUAUAGUUUUCAAAUAAUA